CUUGCUGCUUGGCCUGGGCACUGAUGACACCGAUGACUGAUUAGCCACCAGUGUUUGCUUGUAAAUCAGUUUCCCCUUUAGAUCAAACGCUCCCCAAGAGCAAGAACUGAGUGCAUCCAGGAGAGAUUAACGGCAAAGGAGUCUGAUACCUGAGGAAUCAGGCCUUUUGACUGAAAAGGUGUGAGGGAAGGCGCGCUCACAGGCAUCCUCGCCGAAUCGUGACUUUCACAGCUGAGGGUCCUGAGAGGCGCCCAGCUGGGGCUCACGCAUCCCAGAAGGCUUUGGGACUGCUUGACUGCACGCUUCUGGAGAUCAGGGGUCAGGGGUGGGAUCUAUUCACUUCCUCCAGGCUGCAACUGGGAGUCUCAACCCAAAGACUGGGAAGCUGGCCCAGCCACCCAGUCACUCCUCCCGCGCUCCCCGGUGGGUGUUCCUUUCCGGACGACGCUGGAAGACUUGGUGGCGGCGGCCCAUGGGACCCGUGGCGCUGCCCGCCUGGCUGCAGCCCAGGUAUAGGAAGAAUGCCUAUCUUUUCAUCUACUACUUAAUCCAGUUCUGCGGCCACUCCUGGAUAUUUACAAAUAUGACAGUCAGAUUCUUUUCAUUUGGAAAAGAUUCAAUGGUUGACACUUUUUAUGCAAUUGGACUUGUGAUGCAACUUUGCCAGUCUAUUUCCCUCUUGGAGUUGCUGCACAUAUAUGUUGGCAUUGAAUCAAACCAUCUUCUUCCUAGGAUUUUGCAGCUCACAGAAAGAAUAAUUGUCCUCUUUAUGGUGAUCACCAGUCAAGAAGAAGUCCAAGAGAAAUACGUGGUGUGUGUUUUAUUCAUCUUUUGGAAUCUAUUGGAUAUGGUUAGGUACACUUAUAGCAUGUUGUCAGUCAUUGGAAUAUCCUAUGCUGUCUUGACAUGGUUCAGUCAAACCCUGUGGAUGCCAAUUUAUCCUUUGUGUGUUCUCGCUGAAGCAUUUACCAUCUAUCAGUCGCUGCCUUAUUUCGAAUCAUUUGGCACUUACUCCACAAAGCUGCCCUUUGACUUAUCCUUCUAUUUCCCAUAUGUGCUGAAAAUAUAUCUCAUGAUGCUGUUUGUAGGUAUGUAUUUUACCUACAAUCAUCUUUACUCAGAAAGACGGGACAUCCUCAGAGUGUUUCCCAAUAAGAAGAAAAUGUGAAGCAUAGCACUGGGAUGUGACAUGAGAAAGAAGAGGCUUGUGGAGUCAGCUGCAGGAAACACAACAUGGGAAGUAUUCUGGUGAACAGAUAUCUAGUAUUUGACAAAAAUCCAUAACAUGGAAUAAUUGCACUCCUCCCCAGAACUCUUGACAUACACCACAGUCUGUUUUCCCCACACAUUGUUUUUAGUUCAUAUACUCUUCACAACCUGUUUCACCAAAGCUGUGAAUUUUACACAAGUUAAGUUUGUAUUGUGUGAAGCCUGAUUAUUUUCCUGUAAAGUUAAUGAGAAAUAGGAUUUUAACUGGAGUAGAUUCAAUUAAACUAAGAAACCAAAGUUGUUAACUUAAAUGACAUCUAUUUACAUCUAUUUCUUUUCACUUCUGAGUUCCCAUGUAGCAGCUAAUCUGUGGGAGGGGAGUGGUGUGUAAUAUGCCCUGUACUUUUCUAGAAUAGCCUAUUUUAUAGACUGAUAUCACUGUGCCCAUAGUUAACACCCACCUUAAACAUUAGACAAACUUGGAAAAUAAAACAUUUUUCCAAACACUGAAAGAGUAUUUGUUAAUGUUACACAAGUUGUUUGGACUUUGCUGUCUUAAAAGAGGACCCUGAGGAAAACAGCACAGACUUUGUUUCACAAAUCAUGCCCCAUAUUCCUUUUUUGGAACAUUUAAUCAGGCCAUAUACAUACCUUACACAGAGAUAAAAGGUACACAAAUAUAAUAAAUCAAUUUAAAGAAAACUGA